AUGACUGCCGGUGAAACGAUCAUGAACGACAAAGCACAGACUAUCUCUGUCGAAUCCACGUCUGACCAUGUCGGUCGAGAUACCAGCGAGAGAGAGAGGAUCCUGUUGAGGAAGCUGGACGUUCGCAUCAUUCCAAUGAUAAUGUGGAUGUACUUGAUGAGUUUUAUGGAUCGAGUAAACAUCGGCAAUGCUCGAUUGUAUGACCUGGAAGAAGAUCUCGGCCUUGUCGGCGACCAGUACCAACUUGCAGUGUCUAUCCUCUUUGUCACAUACUGCUUGUUUGAACUCCCGUCGAACUUGAUCAUCAAGAAACUGCAACCAGCGAGAUAUCUCGCCUUCAUCACUUUCGCCUGGGGUGUUGUCGCCACCUUGACCGGCGUCGUUCAGAACUUUGCUGGCUUAAUAGCUUGUCGUCUUCUGUUGGGUCUCUUCGAGGCGGGAUUGUUCCCCGGUUUGGUGGUGUACCUUACCAUGUUCUACACGAAGAGGACUUUAGCCCUUCGUACCGGCUACCUCUUUGCAACCGCCGCCAUCGCGGGUGCGGUAGGUGGUUUGCUCGCCUAUGCCAUCGGAUUCAUGGACGGCGUCGCAGGCAUGAACGGCUGGCGGUGGAUUAUGAUCAUUGAGGGCAUCCCGACCGUCAUCACCGGCUGUGUGGUAUAUUUGGUCCUUCCGAACACUCCCGAGACCGCAAAAUUUCUAUCUGAAGAGGAUCGCCGACUGUUGACCAGUAUGCACGACCGAGAGGUCGGCCAUAAUGCCAAUUCUCGAGAAUUCCAUUGGAGCGACGUUCGCGCCGGGUUGAAAGACAAGACCAUCUGGCUGUUUGGUAUUGCACACUUCUGCCUCCUCGUGAUGCUCUAUAGCUUCAACGUUUACCUCCCUUCCAUCAUCAACGAUAUGGGUCAAUGGAGCCGCGCCGAAACCCAAGCAUUGACGAUUCCAAUCUACGCCCUCGGCGGAACUGCAUAUCUCGCCGUCUCCAAGAUCAGCGACAACAUCCAACGGAGAGGAAUCUUUAUUAUCGGCUUCCUGUUCAUAUCGAUGACGGGAUAUGCCUGUCUGAUCUCCAACACCAAUGUCGCCACAAGUUUUGCUGGAUGCUUUUUGGUCGCCUUGGGCGCAUACACGUCGAUUGGACUCCCCGUAGCCUGGUUAGGGUCAAACUAUCCGCGCUUCGCAAAGAGAGCCACUGCUUCCGCACUGCAGCUCACCCUUGGGAAUGCUGCCGGAGUCGCGGCGCCGUUCCUCUAUACCACGCCCCGUGCUCCCGAAUACUAUCUCAGCUACGGUGUCAACAUGGGCCUGCUGUGCAUUUCGAUCUCUAUCUACACCUUUCUCCUGUUCUACUGGCGUCGAGUCAACAAGCGGAGGAGCGAGGGAAAGGAAGACUACAAGCUCCAAGGCAAGACUGAAGACGAGGUUGAAAAUAUGGGCGACGAUAGCCCUCACUUUAGAUUCACGAUCUAA